AUCGCCCUCAACGCAGAGAUGGCCAAGGGCCCGAAGGUUGAGGAGAAACAGCAGGACUUCAGGCGAAACAAGGUCCGCGGGUUGGGCAAACAUGAGAAGAGCGAGAAGGUGGACCUCACGACCCGCACGACCAGCAAUGUGAAGGGCCAGCAAAAUGAGGAGUUCAUCGAGGGCACGUUCCACGAGCUCUGGGCUUUCGUGCGGAAGAACCGGCUGCCGUUCGAGGAGUGCCCAGAGAACGCAGAGGCAGCCAUCGCCUUCGUGGAAAGCAAGUACGGCCACUUGAAGUUCGGCACCGACAUGGAGGGCAACCCGGGAUUCGAGGCCAUCGACCAGGCGGCGGGGACCCAUCGUUUCAAACGAGCCCGGACAGAACGAGACGAACUCCGAAAGGACACGGGGCACCAGAGCAAGGAGGAUGCCAAGAACCACUUCGACCAGGUCGCGGGCAAGCACGGGCUCGGCGACCUCCUCGGCGGUCGCGCGUGCGAGGUCCCCAUUGAAGCGCCCGAGUUGUCGGACCUCCGGGACGAGGAAUGCGCGCGCUCGGCAGCCCUCGCCGAGCUCGUCGCCAGGCGCAGGGUCGGCAAGCAGGCGCCGCAGGGCGCCGAGCCGCGCGUCCCCGACGUUGUCUCCCGAGCUGGCCGUGCUGCCUCUUACGCGGCUUCCCGCCUUUCGGCCCGCAGCCCGUCGCCGCCCGCCACGCCGGCCCUCGCCUUUGGUCGUGGUUCGGGCAGGGCGUCGGCGAAGCUCCCCGCCGAGGAGCCAGAGACAGCCGACAAGGGUUCGAAGGGGCGCAGACGCCGCGGGGCCACCGAGAUUGCCAUCGAAGAGGGCCACACCAAAGCAAAGCAGAUCGACAGGGAUUUUGACUUUGAUUCGCAAUGGUCCGGCACGCUCCGGAAGAGGGACUUCGACAGCAAGCUGCAACAGAUCGAGAAAGUCGCUCGGAAGCUCGGGGGCCUCGUUCAGGUUGAGGAGGCGCAGAAGUUGGCGAACCACCUUGUCGAGGCCGCCAGCCACAUCACAACGCGACGGGCUGUUUUCGAAGGAGUGAAAACAAAUCCGGUCCCCUUUAUCCUGAAAGCUGCGCCCGACACGGCGCAGGCGGUUGUGGUGUUCCGCCAGGGCGAUCACGCCACGGUUGCCCGCAUUUUGACUGCGGAGUUCCAGAAGAUCGUGGACCGGAUCACGCUGGAGGACGAAUCCUACGUCCGCGGUUUCUGCUUGGGCGUCGCCGCGAACCCCAGCCACGGCGACGCCGAGGCCGAGGGGGUCGGUCUCUCCCUGGGCUUGUUGAAAUGCCCCGAAGCCGUGGCCCAGGCGCAGCAGGCGCUGGUCAUGAGCCUCGUGGAAAAGAUGUGGCGGCAGACGGAGGCGGCGACGAUCGUCCGGGUCGGCCAGCGCAUCAAGGGGUUCAUUGCGGGAUUGCCGUGCGAGAUUGCUGAGCACGACGUGCGUGCCAAGGGCACAUUCGGCCAGGGAUGGUCGGCCCAGGCCUGGGCAGACCUCAGCUUGUUCGUGUUCGGCUCCCUCGUGUUGCAGGCCAUUUCCUCUGGGGCGCAGCCGAGCAGGUCUUUCAAGAAGAAGGCGGCGCAGUACGUGACGCACAAGAUGAAGUUCAGCACGAGGCAUCGUUCCUACCUGAAGGUCUGCCACGGCGCGCACGCGCACCACGGCAAGGACGCGUGGUGUUGGAUGGAGGAGCAGUUCUCGGAGGGCCAGAGCCGGGCGGCCCUCGUCUCGGCAGCCGCGGACACGGAGAUCAGCGCCGCCAUCGAACGACUGGUGCAGCACGCCAUGACCGACGGCGACAUGGACGAGGCGUUCGACGACCUGUGCGAUUUCAACAACGAUCCCGACAUGUCCCAGAAGCUGGCGUCCUUCGGCAUGAACUACGGCGACGGCGGGGGCGCGGACGACGCGGAGGACAAGCGGCGAGCUGAGCAGUGCGCGUCGCUCGCCAAGGCCACGCUCCAGGUGAUCGACCACGUGCUCUCUUCCUCAGACGGCCACGCAACCUUCAUGACGAGCGUGGCCAACGGGGCCCUCCUCCAGGCCGAGGCCGAGGCGGAUGGAUCUGGUGGCGACGGCGGCAAUGACGAGGAGCACGGAAUCCCUGGCAUGAACACAGUGGCUUGGCAGUCGGAGGCCCUGGGCCUCCUGGUGAAUUUCAAGACCCCCGCUGACAAGUGCAUUGCCGAGGCCAAAGCCCUCACCGAUCUCCACUGCCACGUUAACUUGAGGUGCGCGCAGGGCGACCCCACGCACAGCGAGGAGAGCAUCGUGGCCGCGGUGCGGGCUCGGGGACAGCUUUACCACGACGAGAAGAAGAUCGAGAUCUCCAAAGAGACGUUCCCGUCCGAGCACCCCGGCUCUGAGUUGGUCACGUUCGUAACCAAGGUGCGCGCGAGCCAGCGGGUGGCGCACAAUUUGGUCGGCCUCCUGGAGACCGCCGUCGGGAAGGGCAAGUUCGUGGCGACCAUCCUGCGCGAGCACGAGGACCAGGUGGAUUUCAUGCCCCCCGCCCUCGCUCCCAUCAUGGCCGCGGGGCGCGCAAUGGCGCGCCUCGAGGAAGCGCACGGCCGGGUGCUGGACGGCAAGCUGCUUGGCGGCAUCCUCGAGAUUGCUCAGGUCCUGGACGGGGCGCACCAGGCGAACGCGCAGGCGCCCAAGACGGUUUCGCUGCGCAGCGGCUUCGGCGAUAAGACAGACCGCAUGAAGAUGGAGUGGUACCAGGCGUUCCAGGUGGGCAUCAGCAAGGUGCGGAUCCUCGAGGAGGCCAUCGCGAACUACAACAAGCUGUUCGGCAGCGUGCUGGCCGGGGUCGCCAAGUGGGACUUCUCUCAUUGCCCCUGGGCGUUCGCCGACCCAGCCCCCGACGACGCGCAGAGGGUAGCGAAAACGGCCGAGGCGGGCAUCGUGAGCUUCCCCACCACCAAGCAGAACCUGCAGCGGGCGGCAGAGCACAACAGCUGGAACGACAACGUGGACCACAGGAAGAACUUCGCGGACCUGCUGGAGAAGCUGCCGAAGGCCGAGGAGGCCGUGAAGCAGCUGGCCCAGGACCUGUCGAACGUCGCCCUGGCGGUCCAGAUCGUGGGCAAGGAGGGGAACCCGACCUACGAGAAAGCGGUGGGGGGGACGCUCAAGCGGGUGACCCAGCACCUGAAAGUGCAGGAGAGCGAUUUGCACCAAAACAUCCGCAACAAACUCCGGGCAGGGGAACAGAAACCAGCCGAGGCACCAGCCGCCUCAGGGGCGGGCGCAGUCGCCCCUGCCGCCGCGGCCGCGGCGGGGCUUGGGAAGGGCGCCGCCCCUGGCGGGAUGCCCGCGCUGAAGAAGAGGAAGAAGGGCGCGUGA